UGUCUCUAUGUCUGUUCCGCAGAGCUCCAUCACAGUGAACGCAGGAUGGAGCCGCUCGUCGGCCGCAGUGCUCCGCCAGGCCCGGUGCUGCAGGUGUGUUUCCCCAGCGUCCGAGCCUCGGUCCUGGAGAAUCUGAACCGGCAGCGCGAGGAGGGUCAGCUGUGUGACCUGUCCAUCCAGGUGCAGGGUCAGGUGUUCCGCGCGCACCGGUGUGUGCUGGCCGCAUCCUCUCCGUAUUUCCACGACCAGGUUCUGCUGAAGAACGUCACCACGGUGUCUCUUCCCUCCGUCAUGGACCCUCUGGCCUUCGAGAGCGUGUUAAACUCGGCCUACACGGGUCAGCUCAGCAUCGUGCGCGAUGACAUCAUCAACUACGUCACGGUGGCCAGCUUCCUGCAGAUGUGGCACAUCGUGGACAAGUGCACGGACAUCCUGAAGAGGUCACGACCUCUGGUUCAGCUCAGCCCCGGCGGGGCAGCGUCCUCCAGUCACCAGUCGCCCAGCAGCUCUGACUGCUGCUUCGCCGAUCCGGAGGACGGGGAGCGAGCGGUGGGCGAACAAACUCUGGAAAAACGGCCACAAAGUGCGCUUCCGCCGCUGGCCACAUGGAGGCGUCCGACUCAGAGCAGGUGGAGCAGAAGCAGCCUGACGUUCCCCGUCCGAACCGAGCCCGAAUGCAGCCCGAAUGCGGGAGACGAAGGUUUCCACACAUUCCCCAUCUCGACUUUGCCGUCGAUCGAAACUUCGGACUUCGCGAGGCACCGAAUCCGCGCUCGCCUCCGAGGAGCGAAGGAAGACGAGGAGCAGCGGCGGAUGGAAGCAGAUGAAGGAGUCGGAGAGCCGCUGGAUGAAGACAAAGUGAGAGUGAAGUGUGAGGAACACCAGGCCGGAGCCGUCGAGUCGGACGGACGUCUCAGAGAGAGCGAGACGGACGGACUGUGGAACCAGUGGACUUUGUCAGACGCCAAGCUGCUGGACGAAGACGAGGAGAACGAAACAGACGGCGCAUUCGAGACCUACAACGAAAUCGAGAAGGCCACGGGGCAGAUCUCCCAGCGUCCUUUGCCACCGCCGACGUCCGACCAGUUGGCGCCGGGCCCGUCCGAGCUCUCCUGGGUCUCGCAGUCGUCCUCGUCCUCCCCGUGCUCUCCUCUCUCUGCGACUCCCAAAGUCCACUUCUGUCACUGCGGCAAAGCGUACACGCUGAAGAGCAUGCGCGACCGCCACGUGAAAAUGCAGCACCUGAACCUGCGUCCGUUCGCCUGCCCCGUCUGCUCCAAGAGCUUCAAGAUGAAGCACCACCUGACCAAACACGUCAAGACUCACGGAGGCCUGCGUCCGUACGAGUGCGCGCUCUGCGGCAAGAAGAUCGUCUGGAGAGACAGUUUCCUCAAGCAUCAGGCUCACUGCCAGGGAGCGACGACGUCCGGCUGUCAAAAUGAGGACGCAGGUGCACCUGGACAAGUGAAGGUGGAACAGGAGGAUUAUUCAUUACAGGACGAGGAAAUACACUCUUAAAAUUAAAAUGUUUUUGCAUUGAAUGCCAAUGUCAUGACAUUCCUUUCAGUCAACGUUUCUUUUUUUUUUUAGCGCAAAGAACCAGUUUCUUUAUAGAACCACCAAUGCCAAUAAAGAAUCUUUCUCUUUAAGAGAUAACAAACUAUGGUAACAUGGUUUCAUGUAUGUUGACUGUUCUUAAUGGAACAAUUGGUGCCAUGUAGACAGACAUUUGCUGCGAUCAAAGGAAACAUUGGACAAGGAAAUACUCACAUAAAAGUUCCAAUUAGUUCCAAUGAAGAACUAUUUUAGGUUUCCCAAAGUGUAUGUUUCAGUGAACCAUUUCUCCUUAGUGUGAACAACAUUUUAAUAAUCUAAGUACCGCUUGUCUAAUAGAAAGCUUCCAUGGAUGUUAAAGGUUCUUCUUGGGACCAUCGCUGCCAAUAAAAAACCUUUUUUUUUUUUUUUUUUUUUAAGUGUAGACAGACAGUCGUUGAGAACAGAGAGGAAAUUAUUGGAGUGCACCGUCUAAAAAUUGAUUACAGGAUGAGCAACUACAGUCUUUAUAAAUACAGGUUCCCAACCUGUGCAUUGAAUUCCAUCAAAUUCCUCAAAGAACCAUUUUUUGGUUUCCCAAAGAAUGUUUUAAUGAACUUAUUUUCUUAGUGUGAAAUACAUUAUAAUAACUAUUUUUUUCCACAAUGAAGAACCAUUCAUUCAACAUAAUUCAUUAUAGGACAAGGAAAUACACUCUUUAAAUGAUCCACUGAAUUCCAUUGAAGAACCAUUUUUGGUUUCCCAAGGAAUGUUUCAGUUAACCAUUUUUCAUAAGUGUGAACAACAUUUUAAUAAUCUAAGUACCUCUUGUCUAAUAGAAAGGUUGUUCUUGGGACCAUCGAUGCAAAUAAAAUACCUUUAGUUUUAGGUGUAGACAGACAGUUGUUGAGAACAGCGAGGAAAUAAUUGGUUUCUAAAUAAGGUUUUUGCAUUUAAUUUAAUCAAAUAACCAUUUUUGGUUCCCCAAAGAACCUUUCAGUGAAGCGUUUCGUCUUAGUGUGAAGAACAUCUGAAUCAUCUAGAUACCCUUUUCCACUAUUAAAGGCUUUAGUGGUUCAUCACACUUAAAAAAUAAAGGUUUUAAAACAGGAUUGCCAUUGAAGAACCAUCAUCUCCCAAAGAACCUUCCAAUGCUCAGUUCGUAUACGAAUCGUUUAUUUGAAGAUUUUAAAAACCUGAAGAACCUGUAGUGUUUCCAUGGAUGCUGAAGGUUCUUCAUGGACCCUUUGGCGCCAACAAAGAAGCUUGAUCUUUAAGAGUUCAGUGUUCUACUGUAGUUCCUCAUAUGUAGCAGAUCUGAAUAUACAACGAGACUGUACAGAAGAAUGAUGACCACAAUAAUGCAGUGGGAUUUUUAUAUUGUCAAUAAAAGCAUUUUAUUAAAAUCA